GGUAGCGAUCAGACAGCAGGUGGCGCUGUGGAUGUUGUGAGUGGCUGUCACUGUUUGUUAUUACUGAGUCGGUGUGCUGCAGGCCCAGGUCUGGCCGCCCAGCAGGUAAUGUACUAUUUCUGGGGUCUUUGUGCCGAGACCACAUGGGUCUUCACAUGGGACCGGGAUACAGAACACCGAGCUGGAGGCACACAUAGCCAGGGCACGGGGGGCACCGAGAAACCUCUGAAACUCCACCCACUCUUUCCGGAGACCACUGACUGACACUGACUGACAUUGACAGCUCUGGCUGUCCUCACUGUGUGUCUGAGUCACAUUGGGGGAGAUGGGAGCCCACUGGGGCAGAGCACAAAACACAAUGCUAAGGAUAUUACUUGGUACUAACCAGCAAUGGACUAACAUCAUCUUCGGAUAGUGUUAAGGAUAGUGAUUGUAGUUAUAAACCAACCGUGUGCUGGGUGUGGGUGUGUGUGCUGGCUGUGUGUAGUUUGUGUGUGUGCGCUGGCUGUGUGUAGUUUGUGUGUGUGUGUGCUGGCUGUGUGUAGUUUGUGUGUGUAGUGUGUAGUGUGUGUGUGUGCUGGCUGUGUGUAGUGUGUGUGUGUGUGUGUGUGUGCUGGCUGUGUGUGUGUGUGCUGGCUGUGUGUAGUAUGUAUGUGUGUGUGUGUGCUGGCUGUGUGUAGUUUGUGUGCAUGCUCCUGCUUCACUUUUUGCAGGUUGUGUGUCUAUUAUAUAACGUAAAAAACAAACAAACCAUAGCAUACUAAAUAAUGCAAAAGUAAACUUUAAACCUUUAAGGACGGAGCCAAAUGUACACGUUGUGAACAAAACAAAAUGUAAACAAAACCUGGCAUUUGCACUACAUGUCUGUCCAACCGUAAUUCACCUCUUUCAUAGUAAAUGCACCCACCCUUAUUAUAUAUCAUUUUAUUCAGGGGAAACAGGGCUUUCAUUUAAUAUCAAAUAUUUAGCUAUGAAACAUAAUUUAAUAUGAAAAAAUGGGAGAAAAUACGAUUUUUUUUGAUUUUUUUAGUUCUACAUGACAUUUUAACGGUCAGUGUCAUAAUACUGUUUGCUUUUACUGCAAUAAAAUACACAUAUUUGUAUUCAGUAAAGUCUCACGUGUAAGACAGUACCCCUAUGUACAGGUUUUAUGGCGUUUUGGGAAGUUACAGGGUCAAAUAUAGCACGUUACAUUUGAAAUUGAAAUUCGCCAGAUUGGUUACGUUGCCUUUGAGACUGUAUAGUAGCCCAGGAAUUAAAUUUACACCCAUAAUGGCAUACCAUUUGCAAUAGUAGACAACCCAAGGUAUUGCAAAUGGGGUAUGUCCAGUCUUUUUUAGUAGCCAUUUGGUCACAAACACUGGCCAAAGUUAGCGUUAGUAUUUGUGUGUGAAAAAUGCAAAAAACACCAAUUUUGGCCAGUGUUUGUGACUAAGUGGCUACUAAAAAAGACUGGACAUACCCCGUUUGCAAUACCUUGGGUUGUCUACUAUUGCAAAUGGUAUGCCAUCAUAGGGGUAAUUUUCAAUCUUGGGCUACCAUAGGGUAUUUUCUCGCAUGGGUAGCUAUUAGCUCUCCUGGUCUGGGGGGGGAAAUAAAGUCUAUGUGGAAGCCUGUGAUCCGUAGCCCCGGUGCUCAGUGAGUCAGAGUGCAGGCUGGGAAUACUGGCAGCUGUGCUCUGACUCAUUGGUGAGCACCAGAGUGUGAGGGAGUGAUUUCUCUGCUAUACCCUCACCAGGGGUACAGACCACAUGCUACCUGCUCUUGCAUUCCCUGGAGCAGCCCUGUCACUUGCCCAAGGCAGAGCUAAAGGCAAAAAGUGUCUGCCCAGCUCUCGGGACGACAAUUCACAGGUGUUGAUCAAUAGAAAUUCCGAAUCCCUGAAUGCUGUUUAUCUAAAAGUAGCUUUUGGGGGGGAUUUAGGAUUGGGGGAUCUUUGUAGGGUGAAGAGAGAUUUUGGGGUAGCAUUAGAGUGACUUAAGAUUAAAGGAGCUGAGAAUUUGUGGUGCAGUGGUUUGUGUCAGGGAGCUUAGAACAACUGAACAAAAACAAUUUGGCAGCUUGUGAAUAGCUGAAUCCCUCAAGUUAUAUGGAGAUUUAGCUGAUUUAAACAGGUUACCAGAAUAAAGACAUAUGUGAAUAGCCGGAUGGAUUAAAACAGUUGAAUUGUACAGUGAGCAUUCUGCUGCUCUUCAGUUGGCGUUUAUUGAGUAGAUCCCUAUAUCCUGGUUUCUCAGCUUGUAGCACACUUACCCCAGGUGGUACACACACUAUUAACAGGGCAUGCCAAGAGCAGGUCUGCUGGCCACUUUAAGGCACCUCAAAUUGUGGUUGUCUGUGCGCUAAGGCAGAGUCUGCUCUGCCCAAAUACAGUGUCCGUGGGGAGUGAGCUUAGAACAACUCCGGGGGGACUGAGCUGUAAUUCUUGCGCACCCUGUGGUGAUGCCCGGAGCCAGGUUAUGAUAUUACUCAAUAAGGGUGUGUAUGUUGGUGUUUCUCUGUGUGAUACUGUGUGUGUCAUUGGCCACUGUGUGUAACUGUUAUGACUGUAUCUUCAUUUUGUGACUUUUAUACUUCACAUUAAUAGUUCAUAUGCACCUCCUUACAUACACAAUAUUCACAUGAUGUCAUAUUUAUUUAAAAAAUAUUCUUUACUACCUUUAAUCAGGCUUGUUCUCCAAUAUGGGAUUAACUUAAAUAUCAGUGUCUACAAGUUUCAUUUGGAAUUUAAAUCAAAAGAAAAAUACUGUACUUUUCCCAUAUUAAAGUUCACAUCUCUGGCUCCCCAUCAGUAGACACACACACUCACACUCGCAGAUACACAUACAAACUGAGAUAUACACCCACUCACAAAUAUUGAAAUGUAAAGUGGCUCUGUCAGACUUUUUAUUUUUCUCCCUCCUUGUUUAUUAGGAUACGUUCUUAUAUUAAUUCUCCAUGGUGAUCCCACUCCACAAGUUACAUGUUUCUCUUCUAAAUAUGGUCUUCUUUUAUUGUUGGAUCUUAUUCUCUUAGACUCACUUGCCCUUCUGUCAAUGUGCACCAGUGUUCUCAUGGUCGCAUAGAUCAGUGCAGUCAGCAUUUGGUCUCCCAUUUUCUUACCCUCUAAUGGCUCAAAAUCUAAUAUUUUUGUUCACCUCGAUUGUGUAGUAACUCCUUUCACAAGGAAACUUUGUUGAGUGACAGAUUACGCAAACAUUACCUUGACUAGGGGGAAAGGGAGCUUUCUUAAAAUGACACUCCAGGCUGUUAAGUUGAGCUUACAUUAAAGCUAACAAGCUCACAAUACCAGUGAUUAGUUUCUUUUCUUUCAUUUCUGUGUAGUUUUCCUGCAGUGCCGUAAAAUGUUUUGCUGUUUUCAGCAGUGUAACCCAGCCUCCUAAACCACCCCCUCUCAAAUUGCAACCUGUUCCUGAUUUCCAGUCUUGGAAAGUAACUUACCUGUACCUCUUUCUGCCAAUGAAAAUAGAGGCAUGUCUUCUGUAGUGUAAGGAAUGCUCACAGCACAGACUGCACUGCAGAGACAAGACUAGAGCCCACAUGGGCGGCGCUCCCUCCCUCUCUGUAGUGCAAGUAAUAAAUUCUCCUUCAACCCAUCAGCCAACCUCCCUACCCACUGUUAACCCCUACCAUGCCAUUCUCUGUCAGCCGAGCUCACUCUUCACAGUUAAUCCCUUACCUGCCAGUCCUGAUUAGACAACCUCACUACCCACUGUUAAUCCCAUUCCCUGCCAGCCAAUCUUACUACCCACUGUUAACUCCUUCAUUGCUAGCCAACCUAACUACCCACUGUUAACCUCUGCUUCACUGCCAGCUAACCUCCCAAACUGGUAUGAGAAGCUCCAGCUCUGACUUUUUCUCAGACCUUUCAGCGUUUAUGUCUCCCAACACCCAUCAAAGGAUUUUGUUUUGCAUAAUGACAUGCUUUUUGUGAUCCUGUCUAUAUUUUUAUCCCUUCUUCAGUGCGGUUUGUAUUUUUUUAUUUGGUGUGUAAAUGUUGGGGGCUAUUUUGUCCAUCAUUAUGUCCCUUUUUCUGUGUGAACUUUUGGCUGACUUCUGGCUGGUCAGGACUGUCAGUGAAGCUACAUAGCAGAAGGAGCCAAUUAACCCAUUAAGGAUGAAUGACGGAAUUAUUCCAUCAUGGUUGCUCUUCCCUUAAGGACCCAUGACAGAAUAAUACCAUCGUGCUGUAUUAGCAGGGACUGUUUUCCUGCAGUCCCUGCUGCAUUUGAUACUUGGGGUUCCCCUCUGUCAGUUGGGUCCAUUUUUUAGUGACUCCAGACCGACAGACAAGCUGCAUUCAGUGCUGAAAGUCAAUGCAGCAUGCAGCUCCUUAAAUCGGCAUGUAAAUGCCUAUAACUAGAUUGUAAGGUGUGCAUGCAGCUCUUUAAAUGAGGAUCUAAAUCCCCAUAGACUGCAGUGUAUCUACGAUGGAGCUGGUGUUUGGCCACAAUGAUUUUCUCAAUGUGCCUUGCUUGGGAGACCCCAGGUUUCCUGGACCUUUCACUUCCAUGAUUUUCUUAUUUCUAAGGACGCCACUAUUAUCACACUAUCACACAAAACUUCACAGCUAUCUAUUAGGAGAACCCUUUAGAUGCCAUAAUAUGUUCCGCUUCCUAGUCUAUUUAAAACCUUUAUGGGCUGAUACAAUACACUCCAAAUUGGAGUUGGCUCCAGUGAGGGAUGGGGAAGUGGAGCACAUAUUUUCUUGCCCAUGGUGUCUUACAAAGACACAUUCCUUAAAACCUUACACUAUGCCUAUUAUUCUCCACACUGGCUUCACCUUAUGACUGGGAAGGAGUCUGUGACCUGUCUCAAAUCCACUCAUGCAAGAGUUGAUCUGUAUCACUGUCUGUGGAAAUGCGCUUCCAUUCAGUCAUUUUGGGCUAUGGUGAAGUUACAUCUAGACAAUGGGAAAAUGCCAACUCUCUGAAUUUUUGUCAUUGGAACUCUUGCCGGGUUACUACUUUGCCAAUAAAUGUUUUCUUAUUAUUAUCGCAGCUGUUGGACGCAAAACCAUUCUCCAGGUCUGGAGCCAGCCGGGAACAUCCUCCUUGCAAGUAUUCCUGACCGAAUUGCAUUUCAUAUUUCAGAUGGAUUGGCUAGAUAAACUCCAUGCAAGACAAUUUUCUCCUGAUUUGGAGACCAUAUAUUAUUACUUUGGAUGAUUCUUUUAGGUCCAAGGUGAGAGCCACAUGAGUGCACUGCAUGGUUCUAGAUGGAGGUGGUGGCAGUUCGUGAUCCCAUAGCAACACUUCCUCGAUAGCUGUCAUCUCCUUUAGGCAGCUCCGUAGCAAGGCUUGGGGAGUGGCAGGAUUAGGUGGCAAACUGACACCUAAUUUAAUUAAGUUUAGUUUAACGCCUUUUUUUAAGUCUAUCAGUCUGACUCUGCAAGACCUCUGAACGGGUCCUGUGGUAUCUGGCACCAAUACUUUAGCAGUAGAUUGUUUAAAUCCUGCAAGUUGUGAGGUGGGGCCUCCAUGGAUUGGAUUUGGUGUUCCAGCACAUCCCACAGAUGCUCAAUCAAUGGUUUGUCAUGUUCCUCAAACCAUUCUUGAACAAUGGCAGGGUGCAUUAUGCUGCUGAAAGAGGCCAUUGCCAUCAGGGAACACCAUCACCAUAAAGGGGUGCAAGUGGUCUGCAACAAUCUCUGGGUAGGUGGUAUGUAUCAAAGUAACAUUUACAUGAAUGCCAGGGCCCAGCAGAACAUUGCCCAGAGCAUAACACUACUUCCACCAGCCUUCCUUCUUCUCUUGCAUCCUGCUGACAUCUCUUUGCAGGUAAAUGACGCACACUGGUCAUCCACCUGAUUUAAAAGAAAAUGUGAUUCAUCAGCAACCUUUUUUCAUUGCUCUGUGGUCUAAUUUUGAUGCUCACGUCCCCGUUGAAAGUGCUUUUCCCGGUGGACAGGGUUCAUCAUGGGCACUCUGACCAAUCUGCAGCAACACAGCCCCAUAUGCAGCAGACUGAGAUGCCCUGUGUGUUCUGACACCUCUCUAUUGUGGCCAGCAUAUCAUAGCCAACAAAGUUUUUACUUGUUAAAGCUUUAAUACUUUGUCCUGAUUCUGUGAAUUUCUACUGUUGAUCAAUUGUUUAACCUUCUUUUUGCAAGUGUGCCAUUUUUUUUUCACAAAAGCUCUGCCAUUUCCUCCUAGACUUUAAAAGAUAAUGUUAAAAUGAUUCCCCCUGGUUUACCUUAUCUGUGGUGGCGCUGAUGACCAUUGCGGCAGCUUGGAGGAACAACUGAAUAAUGGUUUCCAAGAAAUGAAAGACCCGAUCCGUGAUUUUUAUAGUGAGAUCAUGGAGGACUCUGAGAGAACUUUGGUAAGCCUCAAAGCAGAAGCUGCAGCACUGACUAAGACCACUGCUGGAGAAAUAUUAAGAUCCAUUCAGUGUAGGCUGCUUCUGUUACUGCCACACUGGAAGAUAAGAUGAAAAGCUAGGAGGUGUUACACGAGGACAGGUCCUGGAAGCAAAGUAUCUGGAUCAGAUGCAUACCCGAUCCAUCUACAUUACCUAACUGGGGUCCCUUUGAUGUCGUGGUUCAUCUCCAUUAUCACUUUAUUAAGUCUUUGCUCUAUAUAGUCAUUGUGGUCAGUGACCUCAAAAUUCAGGUUUUCAACAACUGUCCAGAAGAUGUUAAUUGGUGCAUAUCGCCCAUCUCCUGUCUGCCUUCCCGGUUUACAUGGUCUGUGGAGAUGCACAGAAGAGUGUUCAGCCACUCCACCAUGGAUAACAGGCUCCUUCUCUGAAGGGCUUGAUUGCUCUUCCACGCUCUCACAAGGCAAAAAUGUAUGCAUCAUUCUCCAGCUUUGUCUCCUUCAACCCCACCACCUCAAACUGGUCUAUACCAACUGCCCUGACUUUUACAGUCUCACAGCAUCUCUUCUUCCAUUCCACCUGGGCUUAUGCACUGCUGCCCCCUCUUCUUGUGUCUGCACAGGCCCUACAGUUGGAUUUCUUUUAGUGUUCUGUUGUGGAAGCUUCAGGAGCUCUGCCGUUGAUCUGGUUGUAUUGCAAUUUUGAAUAGUAUCAGUGGUAAUGUAAACAUUGCUGACGGUAAAGUUAGCAUUGUUCCACAUUGCUCAUAGUGAAGUUAUAUUUGCUUCUUGUGGCUCUAUGUAAUGUGGAAGGUUGCUGAUACAUUCCUCUCUGUGUCUGAAAUAUCAUAAGAAGGUUGCCAAAGCUUCACCGAGAGGUUGAGGGACUUAACACCUGAAACUUUAAAAACUAUUAUGAGAUACAGUAUUGCGAAGCCUGCAAAAAGUAAAUUAGUCAUUCUUUGUCAAAGCCAACAAUCCUAAUACCCUUCUGAUCACUCUGAGGUAUCAGGAUUAUAAGGACAAAUUAAUGGCAAGCCCCUGGCUUAGUUUAAAGGACUUUCAGCCAUCAGGUUAAAUACCAUAUCAUUAUUUUUCAGCUCACUAUUCCACAACAAUCAGCCAAGUGUAAUUCACUCCUCUUAUUGCUCAUUAUAACCUUUCACCGUUCCUGGGAGCUUCUCAUAAAGCUCGAGUUUGGAAAUAAGCUUCAGAUACUACUUACCUGCAACCUCCAACUCUAUAUACAUUCCUUAGUUUCUAUCCAGUACUGCACCCCUUUGCUGUUUUUCCUGCUAUAUGCUUAAUCUCCCGUCAGGGACCUACACCAAGAAACUUUUUUAGGGGAUAAGCACCGAACCAGCAGUUAUUGCUAUUCCUUACUGUGGUUUUGAGAAACUGCUUCUUUCACAUCGGCUUCAGACCAGAAUAUACCGUGACAAUAGUAGGAAACUGGGAUGCCAUGGGAGAUUUGACUCCGAAGGAUCUUGCGUUGAUUUGCCAACUACAAGGCAUUAUUGAAUAAAAGCUCUAUGGUAGAUGCCCAUUGGAAGCAUGGACUAAGGGAGAUGGUCAGUUUUUUUUUUUCAAGUGCUUCCUCCCGAUAGUGUGUCUUCCUUGGUGGAUGAUAUUGCAGUCACCCUCAGGGUCCCAGUCCCGCCGGGCUGAAGGGGGGGAGGAAGGGGUUAAUCCCUUAUCUUUUUUCCAGCGCUGGGGACUCUCCUCCUCCUUUGGACGUCAUCUGCUGCAUGCGCAUGCGCGGCAGGAGCCGCGCAUGCAUUCAGCCGGUCCAUAGGAAAGCAUUCUCAAUGCUUUCCUAUGGACGCUGGCAUCUUCUCACUUUGAAAAUCACAGUGAGAAGCGCGGAAGUGCCUCUAGUGGCUGUCAAUGAGACAGCCACUGGAGGCUGGAUUAACCCAUAGGUAAACAUAGCCAUUUCUUUGAAACGGCUAUGUUUACAGCAGAAAGGGUUAAUCCUAGAUGGACCAGGCAUCCUUUAACCCCUUAAGGACACAUGACGUGUGACAUGUCAUGAUUCCCUUUUAUUCCAGAAGUUUGGUCUUUAAGGGGUUAAACCUGUGCUAGUACUUAUUUCAUCUUUGCAUAGUUUUAAUCUGCUUUCUGUUGUUUCUUUGUAUGGAAAUUUAUUGACAUCCAAAUGACUGUGCUUAUUUGCUUCUUAAUUAUCUGUCUUACAAAUUUUUAGGGGGAUUUUAGAGAAAUAUAAGUCUUUUUAUUUAUUUUUUAAUAAGUGAAACAAAUAGCUUCUCACCUAUUUUGAGCAUUAUUUGGCUUUUAUGGUGUGCCUGUUGGCUUUCCUAUUGUACUCAGUGCAUUUUCAUAUUUUCCUAAAUAAGUAAACUCCUUCUAAGAGAAGAAACAAAAUGGUGAAAUAAUAGACAUGUGAAGUACUAUGGCCUCUGUUAAUAAGGUGCUAAGUUUCAUUUAAUGUUACAUCUAUCUGAAAUGUUUGCUUACAGCUGCUACCAUGAUCAUCUGAGACAAAACAUGAAUAAUGAAGUGGGACAGUCUUUAUGAAUAGCUUUACAUUUUGCUAAACAAUAUUUGCCAGAAAUUAUCCAAGAGAGAGUGUGUGUUUUGUGCCAAACUGCUCAGUAGAAAGUUAGCCAGUCAGAGGGAAGAGAUGGGGAAUUGUGUUGUCAGCAGAUUUCAGAUGCUAUCCUCUGCUCACGUAGCAUUUUAGAGAGCCCCCUCCCUGACAUGGAGAGCGUCACGUCUUCUCUACACCAGCUCUGACUCAUAGCAAGGCUGUGCUGUCAUUUACCAAGUACACACACAAGCAAUUUAUCCAGAUUCCUGUAUGGUGUACCGUAACAUCCCCUCUAAUUGUGUCUUGGUAAGAUGCUGAAAUGCAGUAUCAUUGGGCUGCUAAAAUGUAAAAAAGAAAAUGUUUCUAUUGUUAAAUGAUCUUGAGGUUUUUCUGUGAUAAUUGUUCUUACAAUAAAAGUGCAUGGUGCGUUCUUUAAACAAACAUUUCAGUUUCUAAUUCUUUUAAUUUGUUAUGUACCAUACCCAAUCCUCCAUUCAAGACCUGCCUGUUCAGAAGUAAAGUGUAGUCGAUCUUGUAAAAUGUCUGACUCUUUUUAUUAAUUUUAUAUUGGAAAGCCUAAAUCUGACACAUAACAAUAUAAUUUCCAUUGCGUUUGCAUGAUAAAUUGUAAUUUAGUUUCCUUUUUGUUUGUUCUAGGAUUGCUAGUCGUACAAAUGACUCUUCUUCCGUUACAUACCCGGAGAUUUGUAUCCCAAGUAUACUGUAUACUUAACCCAAAAUCACGAAAAAAGCCUGUCUCAGUAGAAAUGGCACGUCCGAGUUCCAGUAAGUAACAAUUUGCAUGCUUUAUAUACUAAAAGUUAGGAAAAAAAAUUGAAAGCUUUGUCCAAUGAGCUUAUUUGAGCAGGGCUCACUCCAUCUUUUGCAUCUGUUAACAGUAUUUUGUCUCUUAAUUACUUGAUUAUAUAUAUUCUCAAUGUGUAGCUGUAAAAUUCUGGGGCACAUGUUAGUUUAACUACAUAAUUGAUGAAGAUGAUGAUAAUAAUAUACUAGAAGAUGCAGACCGGUUUAUUAGUCCUGUGGAAAAGAUGCACAGAUCAAGAUCUUUGAGUUGUAAAACCAUAUUUUUUCUCCAGAACAAAAGUGGAAAAUACAUAAAUUCCCAUCAAACAGUUACAUUUCACAGUAAUGUCUAUACAUAACACAAAGAUCAAUAAAAGUCUUCUCUCCAGAAUGUGAUACAUUUUACUGAUCUCCCAUUUAUUGUAUCUACUUAUGUACCGGUAGUAGGUAUUUUGGUUAUAUCAGGAUGUUUUUUCUAUAAAGUAGACCUGUGAGAGACAGACAUAAAGGCAGGAAGAUGAGACUAUGCUGAAUUACAUGCUUUAACUGUGAAAGCUAACCUAAAGCAUGCUGUCUAUGUAAAGCUAUGUGAAAACAUCUAGCUGUCAGACACACAUCUACUUGAAGGAAAUUAAGCUGAGACAGACACAGACACUUAGUGAUAAAACAGACCUCCAAAGGAACUACUGACACCUAAUUUGAGACUGACCACUUGAAAACUUUUUAAAUCAAAAAGCAUGCAUACAGUUAUAGUUUAUAUCACUGUAGCCAAGCUCAAAUGUACAAGGAAAAAAAUAUGUAUUUUUAUUUUAAAUAUGAAUUAAAAUGUGGAAAAAAACCUGUGCUGCAUAAUAUGCUAACAUUACAAUUUUAUUUUUUAUUCUUUUUUUUUUGUUUUUAAACUAAUUUAACCAAUCAGUAGCAAUAAUGAAAUGAAGGAGUUAUUCUCAGGUUGAAUGAUCGUGAUCACGUCAGAUAGUAUAAUCGCAAUGUUUCCAUUACUCACGUAUAAAUGAGACUUUAAACCUCUGCAACAUUAUAUAGAUCUCUAUACAGAAACAGGUUUAAACCAAAAUGUUUCCAGUCAAAAUAUAAUUAAUGCAGCCAAGACCUCACCCAGGGGUGUAUCCUCUAAAAAAAAUGUUUUGUUGUGCAUUCACAAUUAAUGUGUAUUAUUUAAGGGCAGAAAUUGUUGUUGUGGUUUUUUUUGGUUUUUUUUAUGAUUUUGACCUAAUCUAGAAUCAACUAAAUAAAUCCCAAAGUUCUUGCCAGCACCUAAAACGUGGGCUGAAUACAGAUGGAGUGCUAGCUAGUGAUUUUACAUAGACGCCAACCAGAAGCACCCAUUUUGACCCUGGAGUCCUGGGAUAUAGGGAGAAGGCAGUUUGUCACCAGGUCCUCUGGGAUGUAGGGGGCAGAAAGUUUGCUACCAAUUGUCCCACAAAGCAGUAAGACCUUCACCACUUCAACAAUUGAGAACAUUUCAUUUGCUUUUUAAAAUAUGGGCCCCUAUUCCCUUAAGCCACGUGGGACAAAAAGUUGCAAAUACUCAAGUGUUCCCUCUGUGCAUUUCAAAGUUCCGGAUCAAACAGGAGUAUGUGAUGUUCUCUGUUUAAAAUAAGUAAGCCUCAAUGAAAUGUGUGUUUAGCCCUGCGAUGUAAACAUUGCUGUAUCUCCAAACUGGUAAUCUUUUACAUUGCAGGAGCAAUAUGCCAGGGGCACUGCUUACUACAGACAAUUGAGAUGAAGUGGUCUGUGUGCCUAUAGUGUCCCUAUGCCUUUUCCUGAAGAUUAUCUUCUGCAGCUAAUUGUUGUAUUCUACUAAUAUCUCUCAGAAUCCUAUCCUGACAACCAAAAUUAUAUUUAUUUUCUGCUUUUUUAUUUCAACAAUUCCAGUUUUUCUCCACUAGUGGCCUCCCUCGCCACUAGUCAAACUUCUGUUACUCGCUCAGCUGCAUAGCAUGAUGAUUACAUUUGCUAUGAGAGGCCACACCCUGCUUCACAAUUUGGCUUUACAUUGACUGAAGUUUGUGCUCUGAUCCUGACAAGACUUCUAAUCAUGGCUCCUACUGUGGAAACCUGCUAUACUCUGAAUACUAUUGAACCAACCUGAUUCAUCCUUUCAACCUGCUUCAUUCCAACCUGCUUACUCCCCAUACACUUGGAGAAAACCUGAGCUUCGAUUCCUACCUGCUUGAUUCAGUACUGGACUUUGAAUUCUUAUUGGUUUGUUUCUACACUUACUGAAAAUUACUUAACCAACCUGGAUAUUACAAACUUUCCUGAUAUUUACAACAAUCCUGAAUGACCCUGUUACAUCUAUCCAAAACUUGCUCUACAAAACCUCCAAAACCAAAGAGGCUGAUCCAGUGGUGUAUCCUGGUUUUGUGCUGCCCUAGGCAGGACAAAACUCAGGCGUCCUCCUCCCCCCCCACUCGCUAACAGAAACACACACACACAGACUAACAGAAACACACAGACUAACAGAAACACACACACACAGACUAACAGACACACACUCUCUCACUAACACACACACACACACUAACAGACACACACACACUAACAGACAUACACACAUACUCAAUCACAUUAACACAUAUAUUUUUUUUUUUUUUUAUUGCUGGGGGAGGGGGGUUCUCUUUCUCCCUGGGGUAUAGUGGGGCUGCUGGGCGGGCGGCGCUGGCGGGUGGCUGGCGAGGGAGCACUUCCCUUGAACGCUCAGCUCCCGCGCACGCCGCAGAUUGAGGCUGGGAGCCGGAAUAUGAUGUCACAUUCCGGCUCCCAGCCUCAAUCUGCGGCGUGCGCGCGAGUGAGCUGAGCAGACUGCUCAGGGGAAAGUGCUCCUGUGCCAGCGCCGCCCGCCCGGCUUGUCCGUUAACUGCAAGGCAUUCCGCCCCCUGGAAAAUGCCGCCCAAGGCAACUGCCUAGUUUGCCUCGCGACUAAAACUUCCCUGGGCUGAUCAACUAAAUGUAUAUCUUACCUAUAUUAAUCAAACCUCUGUAUAUCUGCUUAGUUGUAUUUUGAUUACCUGUAACCUAUAAUUUUGUUUAUAGGUUUUCUUUCUCUUUUUAUAUUCCUGUAAUAUCACUUCUAAGUUAUCUUGUUACUUUAUAAGAUGUCUAGGGCAUAUUGCCUAACUCUUGAAUUCUGUUAUCUUUCAAUAUACUUACCUGUAAAUCCCUCUAUAGGUUCUGCUUUCCCCCUUUAUUAUUUCACUUCCCUUUAAAUCCUGCUAUUCUUAUCGUUUUUCAAGACAAAACAUGUCUAAGAUUCCAAAAAAAGAACCUAAAGUAAACCCCAGUUUAAGUCUCAUAUCUGACCUGAUCAGAAGCAUGACACUCUCAACUACUCAGUGCUACCCUGUGUGUCUCUGCUUGACAGUGCCUCAUCAUUCACCCUCACUACAUUCUCUCCAAGUCUUUCUUCCUCUCUGCAUUACUUUUGUCACUCUCGUCAGUAUCCCACAUAACCCUCUUCCUUGCUUGAUGGAAAGGAUAACAUUUCCUAAAAUGCUAAUCUCCCAAUACUAAAAUAAAAUUUUUAUUAUAAGUUUAUAUGACUAAUUUAUCCAUAUAGUAAUUAUUUUUUUUAUUUUAAUGCUAUUACUCCUUAUUUAUAUACUAUAUUAACUAUAUGUUUUAACCAAAGUAAAAGUGCUAUAAACAGAUAUUUGUAUAAUUUAAUGGCUAUAGAUUCUGUCCAGAGAGAUGUAGAUUAUCCACAUUGUUGUUUUUAUUAUCUAGUUCCUAUAUUUAACUAAUGUAUCACCUACUAAAUCCUGAUACUAAUGAAUUCUAAGAAAAACUAUGUGAUGAUUUACGAUUAAUUACUACUAUGUAUGGAAAACACUAAUUUAAUAUUGUCAUGCACUAAAAUGCCAAUCUUCUCAGAUUAUUUUCAAAACAAACUCCUAUGUUUAAAAAAAUAAAAAAAAACACCCUAUGUCUAUAUUGGCAUUCGGUUCCAGAGUGAAUCAGUAAUUAUUCUCAUUGGGCUAACUUUUUUCUUUAUCUACUUUCCACCAAUGGGUGUUGAUUUGUUCAAUUCCCAUGAAAAUUAAAUCCUUAAAAUUAAAGAAGGGACAGUUAUCACAAUGUAAAGAAAGCAAGUGUAGCGGAGAUCCUUGUCAUGUAUUAUUUGGAUCUUUGAACAUCCUCACUUUUAGUUUUCUCUUGGUGUACAUAUUGCUUGCUGUACGGAUACCAGGAAAACUGCUUCUGUUACCAUACUCUUAAAUGGGAUUUUACCCUCGGAUUUAAAUAUUUUACAUGCUUUGCAGUUGUGACGACUUGGGAAUACCCUUAUAGAUACCUUAAUUUUACCUUAACCAGUUGUUUUAUAAUCUUGGCGUUUCUGUAGAUGUUUGGAGGAUGUUUAGAAGUACUUUCACUGAAGAAGGGGCAAUCUUUUUUUAAAUAUAGUUUCUAUUUUCUAGUGUUAAAUAUUAAAUUUAGUUAAAUCGGAUAUUGGCAUUUUUAACGUCCAAUUUAUUUAUUUUUAUUUUUUUUUUUGUCUCUUGGUCUUCAAGUAAUUUAGUUCUGUACACUUACGUUAUCACUUUCAUUUAUUUUUCUAUAUUUAUUGUAUCAUUUUAUCAUUACUUUAUCUGAUCUGUGUUUUUAAAAUCUUGUAUAUUGGUAAAUUUCUUUUUAGUAAAAACCAAAGAAAAACAAGUUACCUGUGCUCUCUCCUUAAUGCCUAUGUAUUUUUAAACAAAUGGAGGUUUUUUUAGUUACCUCCAAUGGCCAUGAGAGGAUAAGCCCACCUGCCAACGUCAAGGCAGACCCCCCCAGGUGGGUUCUAACUCUAACCAUUCACCUUGCUUCCUUGAGCUUCUGGCAACGAUCUCUGAGACAGAAAGGGGUAUUUUUUUCUUAAUAUAUACCCCUACAUGCUUAUUAACCCUUAAUAGGGAACACAUGGGAUGGACGGCUGCAUUGUAACAAGGCUGAGUGAUACAUAAAAUGGAUACAAAAGUCCUGCGCUCACUCCCAUCACUACUGGGCAGCAGCAAAGACUAUAGUACACAUCAGCCCCAAUAUAUAGUAAAAAUCUAAGAAAAACAAGUUACCUGCGCGCUCUCUUUAAUCCCUAUGUAUUUUUAAACAAAUGGAGUUUUUUUUUUAGUUACCUCUAAAUUUCUUUUUAUCCUAGUUAUUUGUCUUCUAAUUAUUCUUCUAAGGCAUGGUUGCUAAUGACAACUCUUGUGUACAUAGCUGUUCCCAUCUGUUUGUUUGUUUUUAUUUUUUAAACACUUAAUCUCACUUCAUCAGUCACAACUAACGCACGGCCCCCAUCUGAAGGAACUCUCGGACCUGAGACAGGAAUUCGCACUGCCCACGACAGUCGAGUUCUCCUACAUGCAACUACAAUCCUGGUUCGCCCAACAACCGAAACCAGAACCCCUACUAAGUCUGACCCACGCUGGCAAACCAUAGAACAAAUAUGCAUAACGACCAAACCAACUCAAAAACUCAUAUCCACGAUCUACACAUCGGAACACACCCAACCCCCCAAAAAAACCUCUUUCAUAUCAGCGUGGGAAAGAGACAUUGAAGGCCAAAUUUCAGAUGCCCAAUGGCAAAUCUUCAAGGUACAUAAACAAUUGACUCUUUGCACGACCCACCUGGAACUAACUCGGAAAAUACUACACAGAUGGUAUCUGGUCCCCACACGCCUCAAACAUAGCUUCCCCACCACGUCCAACACCUGCUGGAGAUGCCAAAAAGACAGAGGCGUUAUGAUGCAUAUAUGGUGGCAAUGCUCGGAGCUCAAACAGUACUGGCAACAAGUAGAGGAUCUAACCACCAAAUGGACUAACAUACAACUACCCUACCGGCCCGAGACCUUUCUGCUCCUCCUGCUGCCAUACACACCACAAAAACACCAGAGAUACCUUGCCUACCACAUCAUCAUUGCCGCACUUACCAUUAUUAGCAGAAAAUGGAAGCAAACUUCCCCCUCCACAAUUGCCUAGUGUGCCACCGCUGUAGACACAAACAAGAUCUACGAAACCAUGGCAAGAAACACGCAACGAACAACCCCAUACUGGUCCACAGCAUGAGAGCUCUGGGAAAAACAUAAACCAACUAAAAUUGAAACUUAAACACGCACUACAGACACAUACCAACGACCUCCCUGAUUGGAGGCGACAACAUCUCUAUCCCCUAACGCUUGAACCAUACCACAUUAAGCCCAAACCCAACCACAAGAUAUUUACCUUCUCCGCUAAAGUUCUCUGCCCCCCCGCCCCCACCCCUCCAUUGUCCCCUAUCCAGACUUAACGAGGACAACCACAUGAACCACCAUCCAUGAACCGAAACCCUCUUAAGCGAGCUACAUAGAAAGGUGACACUAACAUCUUGUUACAUAUCUCCAAAUGCUACAUCUAGAGUUAUGAUAUAUUGUAUACAACCGACGCACUACCAAAAAUGUGACUGUCCAAGAUGCUGUGUAACUUGAUAAUGACGCCGCUAAACUACUGAACCAAAGUAGGGCUCCCCUUCCCCCCCCUCCCCCGUUUUUUUUCUUCUGUACCCUCACCCCACACACUAGUGAUCUAAAGCCGCAACGAAUUGCAAUUUUUUCCCCCUCCUCCCCUCUUCUCUUCUGUACCCCCAUGUUUUACGUUUUAAUGCUGACAAAAAUAAAAAUAGUCACAAAAAAAAAAAAACAAUACUGCGGAAUAUGCUUGCGCGAUAUAAAUCCUAACAUAAAUAAUCAUGGUAUGAGAUUUCCUCCAAUCAAUCCUGACAAACUUAUCCUUGGUCCUUUCUGACCUCUCUACACUAUAUCUAAUAAUAUCUAUUUUGUUCACACAGACCUGGCUGAUUUUCGGGAAGUCUUUUCUAAAGCAAAGCACAUAGCCGUGAUAACAGGUGCCGGUGUUAGUGCAGAAAGUGGAGUGCCCACAUUCCGAGGUGCAGGUGGAUAUUGGAGGAAAUGGCAAGCACAAGUGAGUAAAUACCCAGUGGUAGCAGUGACUCUGAAGCUGGGGUUUUCUGUUUAUUCAUAAGGAUUUAUAAUAUUUGGACUCUAAAGGCACAACCUGGCAUACAAUGUAAUGAAUCCCAUGAUGUUGUGUACUGAUGAAGACACAGCAGCAAGGCAUCAUGGUAGGGCACAUGUGCACUUAUAGGGAAACUGUAUGCACCAAAACAACUUUAGCCUCAUUAAGCAGUUUUGGUGCAUAGAUCAUGCCCCUGCAGUCUAGCUGCUCAAUUCUAUGCCAUUUGGGAGUUUGAUAAGACCUCUCCACCUUGAGACCUUCAUGGAGUCUGACUUACACUGUGCUGUAACAUCUGGUUGAAAAUUAUUUUUCCCAUGUUGUGUGUCACAGAAAAGGUUGUUUGUGUGGUUAUGGCUGCAAAAACCUAGAGGUUUAAAUCCUAGAUAGCAGAUAAUUAAGUAGUGAGUCUGCAUGGGGCAUGAUCUUUACACCGAAACUGCUUAAUAUUGUAUAUAGAAUGCGUGCACUGCUUGUAUACAGAAUGCAUGUGCGGCACCUCUAUAGGAUGCAUUUGCUGCACAUAUGUAUGUGAUGUACACAGAGUACCAGGAUUAGGGAUCUAUAUACUAAGCAUCUGAAUGAUCAAAAUUAAGAAAACAUUUUUUCCUUAAUUUUGGUCUUUCAGCUGUGUAAUAGAUGCCAACUGAUUACAUGUUUGUAUAUAAACAUGCACAUAUUGUAUGUAUACCAGGGAUCUACCAAUCCCAUGCACCAGGCCGCCAUGGUGACUAAGAGUUUUGUCCUGACGCCUGGAAUAUGUGGGCCCAAAGCAGUGAGGUAGAAUGCAGACAGCCGGCUGGCUGUAGGAAAGCAGAGUUGGCCAUCCGGUGUUGUGGGAGAGCAGAGGUGGGCCGGAGGCCGCUGUGUGGAAUGAAGCCAGGCGGCGAGGGAGCUGUCAUCCCCCUGCUCUGCUCACUCGCACGCCCUGCAGUGAUGAUGGGAGCUGUAAUAUGACGUCAUUCCGGCUCCCGGCAUACCUAGUGCGCAACAGGGAACAGAUCAGGAUGAUGACAGCAGCCCAACUUAACCCCAGGGAAAGGAGUGGAUUUCAAUUAAAAAAAUAACAAAAAAAAUUAACUUCUGAGUGUGUGUGUGUGUCUGUCUGAGAGUGUCUGCUCAGGUGACCGCUCCCCCUCUGAUUGCAUGGGAAAAGUGAUUUUACUCACCUUUUUUCCCACGCCAUGAUGCUCUCACUGUGGCUGGACCCACCUCCAUGGCUGAGAUAAUCAAUCUUGAGGAUCUCAGCCAAGCCAAUGCUUUCCCAUUGGGAGGCUAUUGUGCAUGCACUAAUCUGCAUCUCCUUGAAUCAAUGUAUCUCUAUGGAGAACAUUUAGCGCCUCUAUGCCGAUAGUGAGGACGCUGAAAAAAGGUGCUGCACACUGUGCAACACUAGACUAGGAAGCAACUCUAAUGGCCAUUUGAGUGAUGGCUGUUAAAAGGCAGGCAUGUAAACACUUGUCACUUCUCUGAAAAGGUAGUGUUUACUUUGAAAAGCUUAAAGGGACAGGCUAUAGACACAAAAACCACUGCAUUAAGCUGCAGUGGUUCUGGUGACUAGUGUCCCUUUAAGAAUUGUGUUUUUGUUGCUGAAAAUGAAGCUUUGUUAGUUAAAAAAAAAUACUGGCUUCUAACUUUUUUAGCAGGUUCAUUGAUUCCAAGCACAUUUGUCAAGACCUGAUGUAAAUAAUAUAUAGAUGGAUUCACUAUGCAGAGCAGUGGGGGUCACUCAGUAUAUAGAGGGAUUUACUGUGCAGAGCAGUGUGUGCCACUCUGUAUUUAGAUGGAUUCCCUGUGCAGAGCAGUGUGUUUCACGCAGCAUAUAGAGGGAUUAAUUUUUGCAGAGCGGUGUGUGUCACUCAGUAUAUAGAGGGAUUUACUAUGUAGAAAUAUAACUUCAAUAAUAAUGCAGUCAUACAUGCAUUUAAACAUGCAAAUCUCUACUUUUGAAAAGAAUACUAUAUGAUGGUACUUACAAUAGUGGUAAAAUAUUACCUAUAGAUUCACUAACGUAAAGGAGUACUAUAGUGUUAGGAAUACAAAACUGUAUUCUGAACACUAAAGUGUCCCUCUGUCGCUCCCACCUGCCCACCCCCGCCUCCCCUCCCUGUCUGGACUUCUGCGCAGAAGUCCCUCAGUGCUGGACACAGCAAUCCUGGAACCUAAUGUGGAUGUGCGUCAAGUGCCGAAUGCGCUUUAGGCCUUCUUCGUAGGAAAGAAUUGACUCAGUGCUUUCCAAUGGGGAUUUUGAAGACACUGUACAUGAGAACAUCCAGCGUCAUUUGACAGAGUUAACCACUAGAAGCAGUCUUAAUCAUUCUAUGUAAAUAUUAAAGUUUUCCCUAAAAUCUAUCUGCCUAUCAAGCUGCAAUGUUUUGCAUUGAAUCGUUAAGGGGACAAGAACACUGCACCCAAACUACUUCAUUAAGAUGAAGUGGUCUUGGUGCCUAUAAUGUCCCUUUAAAUGGAUACCAAGUUACUAUAUACCAAAUUAUGCAGUUAUCUAGACAGCAAACUUAAUGUUGUUGAUUUAAUUAAAUAUAUAUAUAUCUAUAUUUAAAAUAUAAAAGCGUAUUUUGAGAUUCACUGGUACAUGUUUUUAUAACAGCACUUGGCAACACCUGAGGCUUUUGCCAGAAAUCCUUCCAGAGUCUGGGAGUUUUAUCACUACCGCAGAGAAGUGAUGCUGACAAAGAACCCAAAUCCAGCACAUAUUGCUAUUGCCGAAUGUGAAGCAAGACUUAGCAAGCAAGGGAGGAAGGUUGUUGUUAUUACACAGAAUAUUGAUGAGUUACACCGAAAAGCAGGCACACGGAACCUCUAUGAGAUUCAUGGUAAUAUCAUUUCCUUAAACACCAAAUAGUUUGUCUUUUUUCAAAUAGUAUUGUUAAAGGGACACUCUAAGCAUAAUUACGACCACAGUUUAAUUUCUCUGGGUUUUCUGUCAAAUCAUUAUGAACUGGAUUGACAAAUGGCCUCUCCUUUCCUUGUAACUCAAAGUGCGCCCACUCGGAAACCGCACCAAUAAUGUGAAGAAUGACACUUUUUUUUUAUUAUCGUUACAAAUCAUUAGACAGCAAUGCAUACAUAGUGUAUGAAUAACUGAUGCAGGGGUCAAAAGUCAAUUAAACUGGGGCCCGUAUGAUUGUACAAACAAUCUGUACUCCCACAGACACAGAUACAUCUGCAUUCUGGGACAUAGUGGUAUGCCGUUGACUCUGACAUAUCUCUGUUCCCAGGAUAGAUGGUGGCACAGUUAUGUAUAUGUGAGUUCAGAAAUGGCCCUUGGGCCAAUACUUUGAGACUAGUGUUGUAGAGCUGAAUUGUUUAUGCUGAGAAUGCUGUUGUAUCCACUAUUCUAUUUCAGGCAGCUUAUUUAAGACACGAUGUAACACAUGUGGUAGUGUGCGAGAGAACUAUAAGAGCCCAGUUUGUCCAGCUCUUGAUGGCAAAGGGUAAGUCAUUUAUUGCGGAGGUGGGAUUGGAAUUAAAUUGUUGACUUAGAAAAAAAACACUCACUUUAAUUCACCAGGUAUAAUGAACUACCUAUAAGGUGUGUCUACAUUUACAUAAAUUACCUUUGUUCAAUACAUUUUAACAUCACGCAGGUUUAUCCACUUAAAAUCUAGCAUCUGUUUGCUCUCUUCAUUUGAUUCAUUUGAAUGUUAAAUUAUCAUCUUUUUUUAAGCUGUUGAUACCUGUUUUUUAAUCCUGUUUAUUUCUAAUCAUCUUUAUAUAAAACAAGAAAUAGAAGGGAAAAUUAUCACGUUCGGAUUUUUGUAAUUUUUAAGUGUCCUGUCUGAGCACUUGUCAUGCUCCUAGUAGUUUUAGAAUAAUGCAACAAUCUGAGUUCUUCCUCUCAAUUUGAGGAGUGGGCUGCCAAGAACAUACAGGAGGACUGCAGUGAAGUGAUUGGUAAUCCUAACCUCUUGGGAUUCGACAGAUCCCUUUAUAUCUUGACAGACCUGCCGUGCCAUUGUCCUGAAAGUGUAAUUAUCCUUCGGCCAACUCCCUCCGUUCUAUCAUAUUUAUAUACUUGUAGGUUUAUUCACUAAAGUGGGAAUUGUCAGGAAUUCAAAAUACAUUUUUAAAGUGAGUUUCAUCUACAAGUCAACCUAAAAACAUAUUUGAUUUUAAAUGUUUCUAAUUCUGCUGUUGUGACCUAAAUUUUGAAAUUCACUUUGAAUUCCUGACCAUUGGCAAAUAAGUAAAUAACUCCUAGCAUGGUUUUUGUGUAUACUAUGAAGGCAGUUCUCUAUAUUGCAACAUGGUUGUGUUUUCAAGCAAUAUACAAUAACCAGAAAUACAAUUUUUUUUUUUCUCACCAUUAUUAGUGCCCCUGAUCCAGACGUAGAAGAUGCAAAGAUCCCAGUAGAAAAUCUUCCACGGUGGGUAUUUUUCAUGAUUUACUUAGCAAAGUCUCUUGUUAUAAUUAAAAUGGAAAGCUGCAUCAGGAGCAGGACUUCUUAGUGGUCACAAUGAUUAUCUGGAUAUCUGUUCGUGUCACAAGGUUUUUCCACAAAGCUAAAAUAGAAGAACCAACAGCAACAGAUGUAGAAUUUAUGCAGCAAAUUUUAAAUUCACGUUGAAGUCCUGACAAUCAGAAACCUUGUUAUUCUUUAUUAAAGCUUCAACAGUUAGAUUGUUGGUCCUCUGUCUGUGUUUAUUUUCUGUCUACCUGUCAAGCUAAAUGUAGCUGUUAUAUCCUCUAUUUCAUGCACUCAGAGCUGCUGAGGUUGUUGGAGCAAACAAGCUUUUCCUUGUCUGAAAAAUGUAAAUCACUAUAUGUUCAACAUGUUCUGACAAUGUUCAACAUGUUCUGACAAUCCCACAAGUUCUUAUGAUUGGAUGGUCAUUAUAAUUAAAAUAAUCCAAACACCAUAACCACCACAGCACCAAGAGUAGUCAAACCAUUUAAGAAUGGUUUGACUUAUUACCUGGGGUCUGCCACGUGCCAUUCUACACCACCACUACCACAUCCUGUGAGCUGGAGGCUCUCUAUUUCACUGUGUAUGAGUGAUCAGUUGACAUGCUCAGUCAAUAAGCUAGCCCUGUACUGUGUGACUUGGCUCAAAAGAGUUAACGGACGCUCCUAAGCAGGUGCUUCCGGCUAUCUGGAGAAAGUCGUGGAGGCGGCAGUGGCGCCCGGUGGACCUGGGUAAGAAGUCAUGCCCUUCUACAAUAGCUUUGUGGUUCGUGGUAAUGCUAUUAAGUCAAAGUAUCCAGGAGUUAAAUGGACUCUGUCAUGCCAAGUACUUUAGUGGCUCCAGUUGACUAUUCACCACUCUAUUUAAGUAUACUUAUUUACCUUUAACACACAGGAUGCCUCAACACAAAUAUUUGACUUGCAGACUGCACGCUUUAAUCCUCAUGUCUUCUUUAAUCCCCUUAGAAACAAUAUCAUUCUUUGCUGUUGUGACAAACUAUCUGGUCUCUGUAGACCCUAUGUCAACAUGAAUGUUAUGUGUAUUUAGCUUUAGCCCUGCUGUCACUAAAUCAGACCCAACUGUCCAGCUCAUUAUGUCUACAAAGGUAGCUUACAUUUCUCUAAAAAUAAAUAAAUGGAAAUUUGGUAUGUUUUUUUGUAUUGUCUUAUGAAUUUUUAUGAAUUUUAUAUUUAAAGGGACACUGUAGGCAUCCAGACCACUUAAGCGUAUUGAAGUGGUCUGGGUGCAGUAUCCCUUUUGCACUUAGUGCUGCAAUGUUAAACAUUGCAGUUCCAGAGAAGCUUCGAUGUUUACAUUGCAGCUCUAAGUCUGCCCACAGUGGCAUCUGACGUCUGGUAUCUGAUGCGAGGUGGAGCGUUGGCCCAGAGCCGAGGUACAUUGACGCUGGGAAAAGGUAGGUAAGUAAAUAAAGAGUUUUUAUGAGAGGGUGCUAUAGUGUCAGGAAUACAGCUUUAUAUUCCUGGCACCUAUAGUAUCUAGAAUAUUUUUAUAAUAUCAAUUUGAUCAACAUUCUUAAAGUUGUUAUCUCUGCAUGUUGGAUGUACGUUUAUGCAACUAGUCUUUGAUUAUCUCCGGUCACUGUAGGUGUGAAGAAAAAGACUGCAGUGGACUCCUGCGGCCUAAUGUAGUAUGGUUUGGAGAGACCUUGGAUUCCAAUGUUCUAGGAGAAGUUGAGAAGGAACUUGAAAUCUGUGAUCUCUGUUUGGUGGUAUGAUUAUGUAAUUUUUUUUUAUUUACAGGGUUUUCCGCUAAAGUGAGUAUUCAAAGUGAAUUUCAUAUUUAAAGUGGCACUGUCACUCAGAACUUGCCUUUCUCCUAUGUUUCCUCUUCUCUUCCUCUCUCAGAAUCUGUUCUUCUCCUCAUUUCUGAUCUAGUUUUCUUUAAAACUCAGCUCUAUUUUCUAUGUCAAGGAGAAGGGUGAGUACUUUGUCUGACACAGGAAAUGGAGCUGAGUUAAACUCCUCCUUUGGUCAUAGAAAGUCAAGCAUAGGAAAAAUCCAUAAGACAAAGUAGUCCCUACUUUAUCUUAUGUUUUAACCCCUUAAGGGCACAUGACGGAAAUAUUCCGUCAUGAUUCCCUUUUAUUUCUGAAGCUGUGUCCUUAAGGGGUUAAAGAAAACUAGAUCAGAAAUAAAGAAAAGAACGGAUUCUUAGAGAGGAAGAGAAGAGGAAACAAUAGGAGAAAGGUAAUUUCAUUGUGACAGUGCUGCUUUAAGAUCAAAAUAGCAGAACUGUCAUGUAGGAAGGACCAAUAAUGGGGUAUAGCCAACUAUUGAGCUGUCCUGAUGGAGGGAAUUGGCGGGAGGGAGAGAUACCGAUGGGGGGCCCAUGGCCCGGGCGGAGCAGAAUGGCUUACGUUUCGAGAGUUGGAGACAAACGUGUUUUUUGUUUUUGUUUUGUUUUUUGUCUUUUGUUUCUGUCUGUUUAUCUCGUGUUUGGUUAAAAUAAGAAAACUGGCAUUGGCAAGGAAAGCGGGAGAACCGGGGGGACUCAUGAGCAAUUCACGGACUCGGAGCUAUGCACAGUGGGGUAUAGGAGAGGAGAGGCGGUCUGCCCUAGUGUGGAUAGUGGGUUUAGUAUGGGAUGUGAAUGUUAUGUCUGUAACGGAUAUGAUUAUUACCUCUGAAAAUCAGCAUGCUAUGUCAAUGCUAACAGUUAAAUAAAGAAUUUAAAAAAACAAAAAACAAAAUAGCAGAACUGGAAAAAGUCUCUACCGUUCCAAUUUGAAUACUCUGGUCCUAAGUUUGAAAUGUACUUUGUAUUCUCACUUGGGUAAAUAACUUUGUUAAUGACUGUGAAAAUUAGGAUUACUGUACCUUUAAAAUGAACCUGACACUUAAAGAGAACAAUUGUCAUCUCAAAUUUUUUUUUUUAAAUAUAUAAUAAUCCUUUCAUCGAGUUUUGAAAGGAAAUAUAUAGAUAUAUAGAUAGAUAUUUUUUAUAUUUAAAUAUGAGUAUUUAAUAUGAGAGAAACUCAUUCAUAUCAUUAGUUUAUGAGAGGAUCAUUCAGACAUACACAGACACUUUGGAUCAGUCAGUGUUAGAAACAACAGUUAGUCUCUAUGGUCUUCCCUGCUUCUGUGCAGGGAGUGAAGCAGAGAAAUGUAUGGAGACUGUCUAAUCUAAGGUGCACAUACAUGGCUGAAGGAUCCUGUCAUAUACUAAAGGUAGGGAUGGUUUCCGCUUAUUUUUUUUAAUUGUUUUUACACAUGCUUCAUUUUAAUAUAUAUUUAUAUAUAUAUACUUAUUAAAAGGGCUGUUGUAAUUAGCAGAUUUUAGCAUGAGUGGUUCUGUGUGGUAAUUAAAAGUGCUAUAUUCUUCCUUUCCUGGCUGUUAUUUGCAGGUUGGAACCUCUUCUGUUGUUUACCCUGCUGCCAUGUUUGCCCCCCAAGUGGCUUCUAGAGGGGUUCCAGUUGCAGAGUUUAACAUGGAAAGUACACCAGCUACAACAAGUUUCACGUAAGACAUUUUUUAUGGAUAUAUAAGUAUUAUUAUUAUUAUAAGUCUGUGUUUUAAUGAAAUAUAUGAAAGCUGCAUUUUUGUGAUGCAUGUGAUUUUAUGUUUUGGUUGGUAAUAUAAAUAGUAUAUUGUUUACCUUUUUAAAUGAAGUUUGACAAAUUAGAAACUCGUAAUCUGUUUAAACAUGAACUCAAAACAGUUUACUAUCAGUGUGAUACAUGAUGAUAUAGAAAAAUCAAAAGUAAUGUUAAGUAAGCUUAUCUUGGGAACUGUGGGGGGAAAUGGGUAAAUAAAAGAGUACAGAGAGGGAGAAAACACUCUUGCUGACAGGCUGUGCAAUGUAUCCAGUCUAUCAAUGUCUGGUGGAAUCCUCUAAAGUCCCACAGUAUUCUGUAUAGCAUUUAUCCACACGUUCUCUUGGUUUGUAAACCAUCAUGCGUAAUGAGGCUUUUCUUGGGCCUGUAAAGAGAUUUUGGUAAUAUAUCUAAAAUAUCUAAAAUAUGGUGAAUUUUGGACAAGUCUACCUGAUAUGACACAUUUAACCUGGUUGAUAAGAAUGUCCUGUUGUGCCAGCAAUGACUUGUGGUGCCAGGAUAAAUAUUGGUUACACUACCUUACUACCUUAGUAAUAGCUAAUGGUUUGGUUAUCAGUAUUAUAGACAUUUGGACAUUCCACAUCCUUGCGCAUCCAGGUCGAGUCCUUCACUUUCACGUGCUGGAUUGUGACUGCCUCAUAAUGUAGAAAGAUGUUUAAAGGUGGAUUAGGAUCCCUGUAGUAUGUUGGUUUGUGUUGACUCCUUGUAAAAGUACAAAAUGUGUGAUUUUCAAAUAAAUGAGGAGCAGGUUGUGAGAUAGUAAGAAUAAUUGAUAGAAACAUAGAAUAUGACGGCAGAUAAGAACCAUUCGGCCCAUCUAGUCUGCCCAAUUUUCUAAAUACUUUCAUUGGUCCCUGGCCUUAUCUUAUUGUUAGGAUAGCCUUAUGCCUAUCCCACGCAUGCUUAAACUCCUUUACUUUGUUAACCUCUACCACUUCAGCUGGAAGACAUCUACUACCCUCUCAGUAAAGUAAUACUUCCUGAUAUUAUUUUAAAACCUUUGCCCCUCUAAUUUAAGACUAUGUCCUCUUGUUGUGGUUUUUCUUCCUUUAAAGGUCUCCUCCUUUACUGUGUUGAUUCCCUCUAUGUAUUUAAAUGUUUCUAUCAUAUCACCCCUGUCUCGUCUUUCCUCCAAGCUAUACAUGUUAAGAUCCUUUAACCUUUCCUGGUAAUCCCACAAUCCAUGAACGAGUUUAGUAGCCCUUCUCUGAACCCUCUCUAAGGUAUCAAUAUCCUUCUGAAGAUACGGUCUCCAGUACUGUGUACAAUACUCCAAGUGACAUACCUUACCAUCAAGACCUUCUGCAAUAUCACUAAUAAAAAUAUUAAAGCGAAUGGGUCCAAUGAUGUAGAUAUUUUGGUGUUUUACUUAUUUUAAUAGUUGUAUUUUUAAAAAUGUUUUUUUUUUUUAAUUUUCAUGGCAAUGUUUUAUUGUAUUACUCAGAUAAGCAAUGACAAAUCUAAAAGUAAAUAGAAACCACAACUUACCAGUGCAUUGUCAAAUUACAUGAAAUCAAAGUCAGAAUUCUUAUUAUUUACCGCUACUAUAUAGCGCCAACAUAUUCCACAGUGCUUUACAAUUUGUAGAAAGGUUAUAUAUGAAGGUCCUGCUCAAACAUAAGCCUCCUGUCAUGUGGUAAAACUAUGAAGAUUUGAGCUAGGUGGAUGUAGGUGUCUUGCCCAAGGACACUUACUGGCAAGGUGAAAUGACAGACUUCCAAAUAUGGGUUUUCCAGUUCUAAGGCAAUAACAUUACAGCUUUUCUAACCAGCAAAUAUAUGAAUCAAGUAAUACACAAAAUCAGCGUUUAGUUCCAAGAAAAGAGAAGAAGAAAAUGUAGGCAACAAACAAAAGGAAAGGAGGAGGACCAGCAAUGGCAUGUUUCCAUUAAAUCACAUUCUCAAGGAACACAAGUAUGUUGGCAAGAUACACUGAUAGGAGAUGCCUACCUCAGCAUAGUAAUCAAUAGGAGGACAUUCUAAUUAUUACCCCACAUAGAAGCUCUAGAACCAUGUCUCACUAGAAAUGCAUCUGCAUUUCUGCCAGUUACAUCUUUCUCUUCCUCCCUUCCUAUCUCUUCAUUUAACUCUUUUUUUUUUUUUUUUUCCAGUUCUGAUAUCCCAGAGAAUAUUUACAGCACCCUAGAAUAGUGUUUGAGCUGCAGUAACCUCUGUAUUACCGCCAUCUUAGUUUGCUUGUUUCAUUUGGCAAAGGGAGGACUUCUGAAACACCUCACUACUACUUGCAGUAUUUAAAAAAACUGCAAUACUCCUUAAUACGGCAACUCAAAUAUCAUCACUAGGACCUCUGUAAUUAUUUUAUUUGUUAGGAGUGUAAGCAGACUUCCAUGAACGGACUAUUAAUGUAUUAGCCGCAAUUAGGAUAUGGAACAUCAGCCUAAGAUAAAUUUUAGAUAAAUUCUGUGGCAACAUUAAUAAGAGACAAAUUUCUGGGCGGGUUUAGAGCAAGGGAAUAAUAAGGGGAGGACAUUAUUUGAGCGAGCAUAUUAAAAAAUUAUUUAUACUGAAGCUGGUGUGUAAGAUAUUGGCUAAUCGAACAGGAACCAGAUAUCACGGAUACAAUAUAUUUCACAUUAAAUCCAAAUGUGUGACACAAGAAGUAAUUUGAAACAAAAUGAUUGAGACCAUUAGAUUGAUGUGAGAACCCACCCAAGGCUUUAAUAAACCCAGGAGUCAGGUCUUAUGGUUGUGCUGGUAGCAUUACACAUCAUGAUAUUGGAAUAACAUUUUGCAUUUAAUAUAAAAUAGCUUUUUUUACUUAGUAUUAUAAUAAAUGUAUAACUAGCGUUAUAUUACAUCUCUGGCAUACAGUUCACUGUACAUCAAAUUUCAGUAUAAUUCCUCAGUGCACUUACUGGAAAUAUUAGUUUUAUUUUUAUAUAUAUAUAUAUAAUGUCCAAACUCUGCCACUCAACCCCAAAAAAUAACAAAGUAAAGACAUCAACAGAUGUAUAGAUUGUGAUUAUUUUUUUAAUACACUUGGAAAACCGAGAGAGUGCUGGGAGUUUGCGGGUUCUGUGCAGUAUCUUAGCUAUUCUCAGAACUGCACUCUUCUGGACAGCGAUCUCCGAUGUCCAACCUGGAAUCUGUUGAAGCCACUCCCCCAACUUGGGAGUCACAGCCCCGAGUGCUCCUAUCACAACUGGGACUACUACUUUCCACAUCCUUUCUAGCUCUUCUUUCAGUCUUUGGUAUUUGUCCACGUUCUCAUAUUCCUUCUUUCUGUUAUAGUCACAGGGUACUACCACAUCCACCACUACUGCAGUCUUCUGUUCCUUGUCUACCAUCACAGUGUCGGGUUGGUUGGCCAGCAUUUGCUUAUCUGUCUUUAUCUUGAAGUCCCACAGGAUCUUAGCCCUGUUAUUCUCAACUAUCCUUUGUGGUAUCUCCCCUUAGGGACUUAGGCAGGUCCAAUCCAUAUUCUGUGCAGAUGUUUCAUACACAAUCCCAGCAACCUGGUUGUGUCUCUCCGUAAAUGCUGUUCCUGCAUCCGGCUACUAGGUGCUGGUCUUUCUCAGAGGCCUCUUUGUACAGUCUGCACCUUGAGUCUUGCCUGGUGUGGUACACUCCAGCUUCAAUUGAUCUGGUGCAGAGUGCCUGUUCCUGUAUGUAUGUGUGUGUGUGUGUGUGUGUGUGUGUAUAUAUACCGAAAGCAAGGAAUUUUGUGCUGGGUGCAGUCUAUAUAUCUCCCCAAAUACUGCAAGGUUCCUACUUUGUGUAAUGCAGAAGAUUAGCCCCAGGGAAAUGUGUGGUUUUAAAAUGAAUAUUGCACUUUAUAGUAGUGUGUGUUUGGACCCUGGAGUGGAGCACUUGGAGAGUAGGAUGGGCCAGUGCUCCACUCCACAAUUUGAAGAUUGCUGGCAAAAUGCAGAUGAGGAGUCCAGUUCCAGAGUUUCAACACUUUGAUUUACCUCACCUGAAAAGGAUAGUUAAUUGCAGGUUCUAUUAAGUACUUCCCUGCCAAGAAGGAAGAGAGAUUUUGUUUUCGCUUCUUGUGAGUUGAAAGAGGAACAGUUAAAAAGAAGCCUGAAAAGACUGUGUGUAACACCCUAAUACCAGGACAAGGUACCAAAGGAAAGGAGUACAACACAAUGUAACACAAUGUAACUCCAAGUCAAUCACACUUCUGUGAAAUCAAACUGUCCACAUAGGAAGCAACACUGAGUGACAAUCAAUUUCACAUGCUGUUGUGCAAAUGAGAUAGACAACAGGUAGAAAUUAUAGGCAAUUAGCAAGACACCCCCAAUAAAGGAGUGGUUCUGCAGGUGUUGACCACAGACUACUUCUCAGUUCCUGUGCUGGCGGAUGAGACGGAGUCUUCAACCCACACAAGUGGGUCAGGUAGUGCAGCUCAUCCAGGAUGGCACAUCAAUGUGAGCUGUGGCAAGAAGGUUUGCUGUGUCUGUCAGUGUAGUGUCCAGAGCAUGGAGGCGCUCCCAGGAGACAGGCCAGUACAUCAGGAGACAUGGAGGAGGCCGUAGGAGGGCAUGAACCCAGCAGCAGGACCACUACAUCCGCCUUUGUGCAAGGAGGAACAGGAGGAGCUCUGCCCAAGCCCUGCAAAAUGACCUCCAGCAGGCCACAAAUGUACAUGUGUCUGCUCAAACAGUCAGAAACAGACUCCAUGAGGGUGGUAUGGGGGUCCGACGUCCACAGGUGGGGGUUGUGCUUACAGCCCAAAACCGUGCAGGACAUUUGGCAUUUGCCAGAGAACACCAAGAUUGGCAAAUUCGCCACUGGCACCCUGUGCUCUUCAUAAAUAAAAGCAGGUUCACACUGAGCACAUGUGACAGACGUGACAGAGUCUGGAGCCGCCGUGGAGAACGUUCUGCUGCCUGCAACAUCCUCCAGCAUGACCGGUUUGGCAGUGGGUCAGUAAUGGUGUGGGGUGGCAUUUCUUUGGGGGGCCGCACAGCCCUCCAUGUGCUCGCCAGAGUUAGCCUGACUGCCAUUAGGUACCGAGGUGAGAUCCUCAGACCCCUUGUGAGAUAAUAUGCUUGUGCGGUUGGCCCUGGGUUCCUCCUAAUGCAAGACCAUGCUAAACCUCAUGUGGCUGGAGUGUGUCAGCAGUUUCUGCAAGACGAUGGCAUUGAUGCUACGGACUGGCCCGCCCGUUCCCCAGACCUGAAUCCAAUUGAGCACAUCUGGGACAUCAUGUCUCGAUCCAUCCACCAACGUCACGUUGCACCACAGACUGUCCAAGAGUUGGCAGAUGCUUUAGUCCAGGUCUGGAAGGAGAUCCAUCAGGAGACAAUCCACCACCUCAUCAGGAGCAUGCACAUGCGUUGUAGGGAGGUUAUACAGGCACAUGGAGGCCACACACACUACUGAGCCUCAUUUUGACUUGUUUUAAGGACAUUACAUCAAAGUUGGAUUUGUACAUAGUUACAGAUGAAAAAUAGAACACUGUAUCAGUUGCAUAACAAAUAUCGUACAGUGGAUGUGAGCAGAGGCGUAACUAGAAACCACGGCGCCCCGGUGCGAAAAUUUCCCUGGGGCCCCCAUACAUCUACCUCCUACUCCACACGUCCCCGCCAACCCCACACAUGCAAACAGAUACACGUACAUACAGACACACACAAACAUACACACAGAGACCCAUACAUACAGACACACAUAUACUCAUAUACACACUCAGACAUAUACACACGUACACUCUCAGAAACACACACAUUCACAAAUACAUACACUUACAGACAUACACUCAGACACACACACUCUCAGACAAACUCAGACACAUGCACAUUCAGACACACACAUACACUCAGACACAUACACAUUCAGACACACACAUUUAGACAUACACAUUCAGACACUUACAUACUCUUACACACACACAAAUUAUUAAUAUUAAAUGUCCACCCUGCCUCCCUACCUGGAGAGCUGGCGUUGAUCUGUACCUGGGGUCCAGUGGGGCUUCGGUGCGGCAGGCAGAGUUCCUGUCAGACGCGGCGAGGGAGCUGUGUUCUCUCUGCUCUGUUCCCUCACGAGCUGUCUACUGCUACUGGCAUCAGCAAACGGCGCGCGAGGGAGCAGAGUAGAGAGAACACAGCUCCCUCACCGCGUGUGGCAGGAACUCUGCCGCCCGCCAGGGGGUCCAUUAGGUGGCCAGUGGGCCACCUCUUGGGCCCCCCUAUGACAGGGGGAACACAGAGGGUGGCGGCAUCUUGGCGGCCUACGGUUGCAGGCCUCAAGGCUGCGGUUGGGUCAUGUGCAGUGAGGGGCCCGGUCGCAGCUGCGACCCCUUUGACCGUGGUAGGUACACCACUGGAUGUGUGUAAAAUUAGACUAAGCAUCCAGUAUUGUUUAAAAAAAAUAAAUAAAAAAAAUUAUAUAAUAAGACUCAAGGUUCCAAGUCUCAUCAUCUUGAGUUCCUCGUACAGACGUGUCAGUUAAUUCCCCGUUACAUUGACUGUGAUAACAUGAUCUUUUUCUCAAUUAUACAUUUCAUACCAAACUUAUGUACUCUGCACUAAGAUCAUAAAGUUAAAGAAGAAAAGAGCAUUUCUUAAUAUUGCACAGUAGCAAGUGCAGUAUAACAUUUUGGGAAUCAUAUAUUAGAUUAUAUUUGCAUUUGUAAUCCUUUCUUUUCUGAAUGUACUGUAAUACUUAUAAAAUGCACACACAGACUCUUAAAUGUUUUUUUUUCUUUCCUCAGAUUUCAUUUCCAGGGUCCUUGUGGAACAACUCUUCCUCCUGCACUUGCCCACCAUGAAACCGAACUUAUGUCUUGAACAGAAGUCUGCACGUGCCUCUGGAAGUCACAGAACAUGUCUUGGAUAAGUUUAUGCUAAUUAAGUUUAUGACCCAGCUGAAAAAAGUGGAACAAGAGAAAAUAUGUUCAUGUGAACAGCAAGUGUAGUGGAUGUUGGAAGACUGAUGUUGGCCAUGCGUUUUACUAUUGAAAUCAAUAUGCACUUUUUUUGCACCUGAUAUGCAUAAUUAACUAAUGAUUGAGUAUCCAAAGAAAGAAAAAUCACCAAUACAAUGUGCUUUGUUAUGCAAAAUAUUGUUCUGUUUCUUGUAGCUUGCCUGUGACUGUUACAUCUGUUAUGUGAUUUAAUGGAACAAUAAAUGUAAAAAUGAUAUACAAGUGCCUGUUUUAUAUCAGUGCACAUACUUCUGAUUUCCUUGAAAUUAUCACCAUUAUGUUUCCUACCGAUACGAUAAUAUAAUUAGAUAACUUCUGUCUAAGCUAAAACUAUAUGUUGUGAGUGGAGGGUUUUGUCUUUGAUAGAUUAAAAAAAAAGUUCUGUCUGACCUACAGUAAUGCAUACAAUCCCCAUUACAUUAUAUGUCUCAAAAUGUCUCCUGUGUUGCUGGACACUCAACAGAGAACAUAUCCGUGAUGGAAAGGUUUUUUUUCCCUCUUAUUCUUCUGACUCUUUCUGUAAGCUGGCAAUGGCUUGCCUUCACAAACCUUUCCUUUUUAAAUGUUUGUAAAAAAAAAAUUUUUUUAAAUUACCCAUUGCUACAGGUUAAUCAGAGAUCACUUUAAGCUGAGGUCACUCACUUUAUACUGCAGGAUCCAUUAAACUCAUUUUUGCUUUAAAAGAUUAAUUUUUCGAUAUAUCUUUAUUAAAGGGGAUCUGGUCUUCCAAAUAUAAAAUGGCCUGUAUUCCCACCUCACCAAUCUUAUCAGGUUUACGGGUUUACUUCAUAUGUGAUCAGUACCGUUUUGUGUAUAUUGUCAUAUUGUCCCCUAACAAUAUUCAGCAUGUUAUGAACAUUUCGACAAUCAAAGUGCGUCUCUUGGUAUUGCUGGUGUUACUCCCGCUGUUGGUCUUCAAUACCCAUUACUGUGUGCUGAUGAUUAAGAUUACUAAUUACAUUUCAAAAUAGCAUGUUUGUCAAAUCCAUUUCAGAAUUUUCUAAUUUAGCUUUUUUUGGUGGGGUUUACAAGUGGCAAACUUGCAAAUGUAACUACGAAACAAAUAACCAUCAAAUAACCAUCAAUAAAAAUAUUUUUAAUUAAAAAUUUAAAAAUGUGAAAAUGCAAGUUGCUCCCAGUAAUAUAUAUUUUUUAAAUUCUGUUUAUUAUUGAUGGGCUUUGUGAUAACUUUUGCUACUUUUAUUCCGUAUUUAUUUGAAUAUUAAGAGACCAUGUGAUGUGUAUAUUAUCUCCAGGGCCGGUGCAACAAUCCAUUUUGCUGCCCCCUCAUGAAUGCAACUACAUUCCCUCAGAGGUUUAUUUACCAAACUCUGAAUUGCAGUGAAGAGACACUUAUUGAAAGAGACACACCGAGUAGACUUAUUAUUUUUUUUUUUUUUUUUUUUUCACUCUGUGCAUCAAUUCUAAGAGCGAGCAAGAGCCUCCUAUGUCAUUUAUGAUUUCAAUGUUUUGUUAUUCUGUUUAUCUGUCUGCCCAGUUUAGGGUUACAUUUCUCCCAAGUCAGAUCACUGUGUGGAACAUCGAAGGCCUAGUAUAUCAUCCAGUUUUUUUAUCCAUACGUCCCAGUCUUCUAUUUGCUUGUAUCUGUUUACCAAGAUACCCCUUUACAUUCUUGCUUGCCAUGUUACUUGUUUUAUCAGUUCAUUGAUAUUUGGAAUUGUCUCGGUUUUCCAAUUUCUUGCAAGAAGUAGUUUGGCUGCCGUAAUUAUGUGUAAUAACAACAUUGUCGUUUUUUUUUUUGUUUUUUUUUGUCAUUUCUGGCCAGUGCAAAUUUAGUAAAACCACUUCAGGUUUACAAGGUAGUUAUAUUUCCGUUAUUUGAUGGAAAAUCUUGAUUACUUCUUUCCAAAACUUUAUUUAUGGGUGUGCACUGCCACCAACUAUAGAUCAUAUUGCCUUCCCCAAUGUUACAUUUCCAACAUCUGUCUGGUAGCUCUGGGAAGAUUCUCUUUAGGCGUUUAGGUGUUCAGUACCAUCUAUUUGAUAGUUUGAAUUACCAGAUUUUACUAUUUACAUGACGUAAAGUCAUGAUUUUAUCAAUGACAAGGAGGCAAGUAUUAUGAUGCACUCUUUCUUUAUUUCCCUCAGCAGCAAAGAAAAAUCUUUAACAAUGAUAUGAACACAGGAAACAGUCAUUAACAUAUAUCUUCCCUGG